CAUCCUAUUUGUUAUGCAUUCAGAACACAUGCUAUUCAUGGGAAGCACCGAAUUUCCUGAUGAAAAUGAGUAUGAUAGUUACUUGUCCAAGCGUGGAGGGUGUUCAAAUGCAUAUACAGAAACAGAACACACCUGCUACCAUUUUGAAGUUAAGAGAGAUUGCCUUAAGGGCGCCCUGAGAAGGUUUUCUCAAUUUUUUGUUUCACCUUUGGUUAAAGCUGAAGCCAUGGAGCGGGAGGUUCUAGCUGUGGAGUCGGAAUUUAAUCAGGUCUUACAAAAUGAUUCUUGCCGCCUGCAGCAACUACAAUGUUAUACGUCUAAUCCCGGCCAUCCCUUUAACCGAUUCUUUUGGGGGAACAAGAAGAGCCUUGCCGAUGCGGUGGAGAAAGGAGUCAAUUUGAGGGAACAGAUUCUAAGACUAUACCAUGACAAUUAUCGUGGUGGAUCCAUGAAAUUGGCUAUUAUAGGCGGAGAGUCCCUAGAUAUCCUUGAAAGUUGGGUUCUUGAAUUAUUUAGCAGUGUCAAAAAAGGCCCUUUGGUGAAUCCAGACGGAGGAAGUGAACUUCCAAUUUGGAAGGUUGGUAAACUUUAUUGGUUAGAGGCAGUUAAAGAUGUUCAUGUCCUUGAUUUAUCAUGGACACUGCCUUCUCUUCGAAAAGGGUACUUGAAGAAAGCUGAAGAUUACCUGGCUCAUCUGCUGGGGCAUGAAGGAAAAGGGUCCUUGCUUUUCUUCCUGAAGGCUAGAGGCUGGGUAACAUCAAUAUCUGCUGGUGUUGGUGAUGAAGGAAUGCAUCGCUCCUCAUUCGCAUACAUCUUUGGCAUGUCAAUACAUCUAACUGAUUUUGGCGUGGAAAAGAUAUAUGAGAUCAUUGGUUUUGUCUAUCAAUACCUCAAGCUCCUGCGUCAAAAUUCUCCUCAAGAAUGGAUAUUCAAGGAACUCCAAGAUAUUGCAAAUAUGGAAUUUAGAUAUGCGGAGGAGCAACCUCAAGAUGAUUAUGCUGCAGAACUUGCUGAGGGUUUACUUGUUUAUCCUCCCAAGCAUGUCAUUUAUGGUGACUACGCAUAUGAUGUUUGGGAUGCGGAAUUCAUAAAGUAUGUUCUGGAUUUCUUCAGGCCCGAGAACAUGAGAGUAGAUGUUGUAACAAAGUCUUUUCAGAAGUCAGAUGAUGUUCAGGAGGAACCAUGGUUUGGGUCACAAUAUGUGGAAAAAGAUAUUCCAUCUUCUCUAUUUGAGUUAUGGAAGGACCCUACAGAAAUUAAUGUCUGCUUACAUUUUCCUGGAAAGAAUGAGUUUAUUCCAUCUGAUUUUUCAAUACGUGCUGGGAAGGCUAAGUGUGACUCAGAAAAUGCGAGACCAAGAUGCAUAUUUGAUGGGCCACUGAUGAAGAUCUGGUACAAGCUGGAUAACACAUUUAAGCUUCCUCGUGCCAAUACAUAUUUCCGUAUUACACUGAGAGGGGGAUACAGUAAUUUGAAGAAUGCUUUGCUGACUGAAUUAUUUAUUCACCUUCUAAAAGAUGAGCUGAAUGAGAUUUUAUAUCAGGCUAGUGUGGCUAAAUUGGAAACUUCUGUUUCUCUAUAUGGUGACAAGUUGGAACUUAAGGUCUAUGGUUACAAUGAUAAGAUUCCGGUCCUUUUAUCAAAGGUUUUGGCGAUGAUAAAAUCAUUUUCACCAAGGGAUGAUCGCUUCAUGGUUGUCAAGGAAGAUAUGGUAAGAACUUUGAAGAACACCAACAUGAAGCCCUUGAGUCAUUCAUCAUACCUGCGACUGCAAAUCCUGUGUCGGAGCUUCUGGGACGUGGAAGAUAAGUUGUUGCUGUUAAAUGACUUGAUUCUCGCUGACCUGAAAGCCUUCAUUCCAGAGCUUCUUUCCCAGCUGUAUAUUGAGGGCCUUUGCCAUGGCAAUUUGCUGGAGGAAGAAGCACUCAGCAUAUCAAAAAUAUUUAGAAGUAAUUUCUCUGUGCAACCACUACCAUUUGAGAUGAGGCAUAAAGAGAGUGUCAUGUGUCUUCCAACCACCAGUGAUCUAGUCAGAGAUGUCAGAGUAAAAAAUAAACUGGAAACAAACUCUGUGGUUGAGCUGUAUUUUCAGAUUGAACCUGAAGAAGGCACUGCAUUGAUAAGAUUGAAAGCAUUAAUAGAUCUCUUUGAUGAACUUGUGGAGGAGCCACUUUUUAAUCAGCUAAGGACGAAGGAGCAGCUUGGUUAUGUUGUUGACUGUAGUGCACGUGUAACAUAUCGCGUAAUGGGGUUCUGUUUCCGUGUUCAGUCAUCUGACUAUGAUCCUGUCUACUUACAAGGGAGGAUUGACAACUUCAUAAAUGGUGUGGAAAAAUUGCUGGACGGUCUCGAUAAUAAAUCUUUUGAGAGCUACAGAACUGGGUUGAUAGCAAAACUUUUGGAGAAAGAUCCAUCGCUUGCAUAUGAAACAAAUCGUUUUUGGGGUCAGAUCACUGAUAAAAGGUACAUGUUUGACAUGCCUGAGAAAGAAGCAGAGGAGCUGCGGAGCAUCCGGAAAAUUGAUUUAAUUGAGUGGUACCACACCUAUUUAAUACGACCAUCUCCCAAGUGCCGGAGACUCUGUGUUCGGGUAUGGGGUUGCAACACUAGCUGGAAAGAUACUGAUGCACCUGUAGCAUCAGCUCAGGACAUCAAGGAUCUCACUUCCUUCAAGAAGUCGGCCAAGUUUUAUCCAAGCCUAUGUUGAGAAUUGUAAUUUCCUGUAUUGGACAUCCAUGGUCUUGAGGUCUACAUUUAUCGUUUGAGUAUGCAAGAAACUUGCUUAAGGUCUUCAUCAUAGAAAUUAUGGAGACACAAUUUAGCUCAAUAAAUAACUGCACUUAUUUUGAUAUUUGUGGAAGUUUGUACUUCCCAAGGUAUGUAGCCUUGUUUCUUCGGAUUCCAUCUGGAUGUAACGGGAAACUUGUUUUCCAUUUGAUUAUUGUAUCCAAGAUCAGAUGAUAUACCAGUUGUAGACAUUACUCCUA